UGACAGGUCACAAAAUUUACGUAUAUCGUACAGUGUUAUUGUAAUUAACAUACAGACAAAAUUCUAGUUAAAUUAUAUACAUGAAAUAAAUUUUCUCGUUACAUUUGAUUUUAAACCAAAAAAUUCAUUAAGUUUAUCAUGAUUUAGCCAAUGUUACAGCAUUUUUAACGAGAAACUACGCACGAGUUACCUCAGCUAAUUUAACUUGUUUUUGUAGAUAAAAAAAAUUUGAUAGGUAUAUAUAGAAAAACAAAACUAUACUUUAAAAAAAUGAGUGGAAAAAAGGAGACAAAAAUAAACAAUAAAAAGAUUUUGAUUGGUUCCGUGCCAAUAAUCCAACGGAGUCCAAGUUCAAAACAAUUGAAUAAAAGCACAGUGACGAAUGCGAAUGGUUUGAAAGAUGGACAUCAAACGAAUAAAAUUGACACGCAUGGUCCGUUAGCAACAAAUAAACCAUCGCCAGCAAAAACUAGUCGAAAUCAAGUAAGCGCCAACUGGAAUAGUGUGGCCGGCUCAUUAAAAUCUCAGCGAACCAUACCGUCUGCCAAAAAAAUUGGUUUUUUACCAAAAUCAAGUGCCAUCGCAUUGGAUUGUGAAAUGGUUGGAAUUGGACCGAAUGGAAAAGAUCAUAUGUUGGCUCGAGUUUCAAUAGUGAAUGAACGUGGUGAAAUAAUUAUGGAUAAAUAUGUAAAACCAACAAUGCCAGUCAUCGACUAUCGUACACAAUACAGUGGUAUAACACCGUUGCAUUUAGAAGACGCCGCCAAUUUUGCUGAUGUACAGGCCGAAGUUAGUCGAAUUAAAUUUAAUAGAAUUCUCGUUGGACACGCUUUGCACAAUGACCUGAAAGUUCUUAAAAUGGAACAUCCAAAAAGAUUAAUUCGAGACACAUCAACUUACAAAAAGUGUAGAGAAUUCAGUGAGGGAAGAAGUCCAUCGUUACGUUUAUUGACCAAUUGCAUUUUGAAUUAUGACAUACAAACCGGAGCACAUUGUUCGGUGGAAGAUGCACAAGCUACAAUGGCCAUUUACAAAAAAUUCUCACGAAGUUGGGAGAAAUCAAUGCAAAAGGCAAUGGAACGAUAUUUAUAAAAUAAAUUUAACCGUUUAAAGAGUGAAAAUGAGAAAUUGUUAAAACAUUGAGAUGAUAAUAAAAGAUCGCAUUAUUUUUUUAUACGAAAAA